AUGGACUUCGACAUUUUCGAAUGCGGCGACAUUCAGCUUCAGUGCGGUGACACGCUGCGAGAUGCGAAACUCGCCUACAAGACCUAUGGAACCCUGGCAAGGGGCGGCGGCAACGUCGUUGUCAUGCCGACAUUCUUUACCGGGAGCCACAGCAGGAACGAAGGUUUUUUCGGGCCGGGCCGAGCCCUGGAUCCGGCGCGCCAUUUCAUUGUUUCGAUCAACCUGUUCGGUGGCGGGCUGUCAUCCUCCCCCAGCACUGCGGCAAGCAGGCAAGAGGCCGGCAACUUCCCGGCGAUUGCGUUUCAAGACAACAUUGCCGCGCAACACAGGCUGCUGACCGGGCAUCUUGGUGUCAAAAAGAUCGCCCUGGUUCUCGGCUGGUCCAUGGCCGGAUGCCAGGCCUAUCACUGGGCGGUUCAGCAUCCCGACCUGGUCCUGGCAAUCCUGCCGUUCUGCGCCUCGGCCAGAACCUCGCCACACAAUUUUGUCUUUCUGGAGGGCGUGAAAGCCGCGCUCUGUGCCGAUACCCAGUGGAACAAUGGAGACUACGGCACGCAACCGGUCGAAGGCCUCAAGGCAUUCGGGCGCGCAUAUGCCGGCUGGGCAUUUUCCCAGUCAUUUUACCGCAAUGGCCGGUACAGGGACCUCGGUUACGAGAGCAUUGCAGACCUUCUGGACGACUGGGCUGAAGAUCAUGCGCGCAAUUGGGACGCCAAUGACCUGCUGGCCAAGAUCGCAACCUGGCAGGCAGGUGAUGUCAGCGCCGGACCGGAAUUUGAAGGCAACCUUGAAAAAGCCCUCGCCUCGAUCAGGGCCCGGACCAUCCUGAUGCCCUGCGCGCAGGACCUUUAUUUUCCACCCGAAGACAACGCAUAUGAGGCGCAGCAUAUUCCGGGUGCGAAAUUCAGGCCGGUCCUGUCCGAAUUCGGCCACUGCGCCGCCAAUCCAGGCAACGACGCGGGCUUCACCGCGCAACUCGACACCAACAUCGCCGAACUCCUGAACGCUUGA